GCUGCAGACCAUAGGGGAAACUCGAGAGGUCCUCCCUCAGCUCGCCAAGCUCAAAUCUGACUCGCUCAGCACUGCAUACACAUACGCUCCGACUGCUGGUCAAAAUUUUCGGAGAAAACCAUAAUUAUUCUGACAGCCUCGUCUUCAUGUCUUGAAGGGCGCACGCUCGAGGACCUGUUAUUUCUCCCCCUUUGACUCAAAAUGAGCCGCUCCGACUUCGGAAAUAGGAGUCUAAGCGUGGUGCUACAAAUCUCACAUCCUCAGAAACUCAGGAAGCCGAAACAAUGAGGUCUGGAAAGCAUUUGACGAUAGUCAUCAAGAUUGGUACCUCAUCCAUCGUCGAUGAGACGACGCACGAACCGAUCAUUUCAAUCCUCGCACAGAUUGUUGAGACGGCCGUCACCUUAAAACGUGAUGGCCAUCGAGUCGUCAUCGUCUCCUCUGGGGCUGUUGGCGUUGGGCUACAGAGGAUGAACAUGGCCAAGAGACCGAAACACCUUGCUCAAAUCCAGGCCCUCGCUGCAAUCGGCCAGUCCCGCCUCAUGUCAGUCUGGGACUCCUUCUUCGCGCACAAGAAUCAGCCCGUCGCCCAGAUCCUGAUCACACGCAAUGACAUCGCCGAUCGCUCUCAAUAUCUCAACGCGCAGAACACGCUCUCAGAGACCUUGUCUAUGGGCGUGAUACCUAUUGUCAACGAGAAUGAUACCUUGGCGGUAUCGGAAAUCAAGUUUGGCGACAAUGAUACGUUGUCUGCCAUUGCCGCGGCGAUGGUAAACGCAGAUUAUUUGUUUUUGAUGACUGACGUGGAUUGCCUGUACGACAGAAAUCCAAGGAAAUUUCCCGACGCGAAGCCGAUCCUCGUGGUUGAUGACAUCGAUGCUCUUCAGGUGGAUGUCUCGUCGCGAGGGUCAGCAUUGGGGACAGGUGGCAUGGCGACAAAGAUUGUCGCCGCGCGACUGGCAACAGCUACGGGCACGAGCACGGUCAUCACAAAGUCCUCAAAACCGGGGAACAUUGCGGCGAUUAUCCGGCAUCUUCACCCGCCCGUUGAGGUUGAUGGUGAGACUGGCACAAUGCUUUCCGUACCAAGCAUUCCGCCGCCUCUGCACACACGCUUCCUGCCAUCCCCGUCUCCAAUCCGCAACCGCGCCUUUUGGAUCCUUCACGGCCUGGCACCCCACGGCACACUUUACAUCGACCGAGGCGCCUCCGUCGCAUUGGCGAAUAAAGCCGGCCUGUUGCCCGUCGGAGUUGUCGAUGUGGAAGGGACUUUUGCUCAACAAGAAGCCGUGCGGUUGGUUGUCGUUGACAAGACACCACUGGGUAGUUUGUCUCCCACGGGCAAUUCCAACUCGAUAGCCAUGCAAUUUGUAUCGAGGGAAGAAGAGAUCGGCAGGGCCGUGGUGAAUUACUCCUCGUCCGAGAUCGCCAGGAUCAAACGCCUCAGAAGUUCCGAGAUCAGAAAUGUCCUGGGAUAUGCCGACAGCGAGUACGUUGCGUAUCGGGAGAAUGUAAGUCUGCACGCGAGUGCCAGCGGCGACAAAAGCAGGCCGGACACGCCGAGCGGGCCAAGGACGCCGACGAAAGAGAGGACGCCAGAUGCCAGUGUGGUGGACCUGAAAAGCUGGAAGAUAGAAUAAGACACAUAGCAGCAUGGCAUGGGCACUAUCGACUCGAACGGUGAUUUGAGUUCUCCUCGUGACGGCUUCAGGCAUCUGAAAAGUGAUUUUGGUGUUGUUAUUGGCGUGGAGACGUGAGAUUGGGAAAUGCUUGGGUCAUCUUAUCCUGAAAUCAGCAACGAUGAGCGCAUGUUUUAUAUAGAUCGCACCAAUGUUGGUCGAGUAUUUCCGCUAAAGGAGUGACCGAGAAAGAAAUCAACAACCACAAGAAUCAGAACCCGCCUCGUGAAUGCUUGAGUGUUUUGGCACAGCGGACAAGCUGUAACUUGUGUCCAUCGCUUGGGCCAUAAGAUACCCAAUGCAAGUUUCUUCGAACAAAACCCCAACAGCAAUGAGAGGCAUGGUCCAUAAAGCCGACGCCGAAAAGCA